AUGGCGGCCCAGAGGGCCCUGAGGCUGCAGGUGCCCGACCCCCCGGCCGGGGCAGACGCGGGGCCCGCUCCCUCGGGAAAAGGCCCUGAGGCGGCCCCCGGGGCGGCCAGCGCCCCUCAGCAGGGUGGCCCUGAGGGGAUGAAGGGCGCCCAUGAGGUGAUGAAGGGCACCCAUGAGGGGAUGAAGGGCACCCAAGCCACCAGCAGCAAAGGCACGGCGUGCAGGGGAGCUCCGCCACCUCCCAGCGGCCCUCCCUUCUGGGACUACGCUCACCCUGCUUUUCCUCCAGAAUACAUGGUCAACCCAGAACACCUGGAGAGAGAACCUCCAAAAGUGUACUCUGGGUGUUCUGGAGUAUAUCCUUACCAUGCAUUUCCUAUGGGAUUUGCCAUCAAUCAGCCAAGCUGUAGGGGGGCACCAUCACCUCCAGGGAUAUCACUUCAGAGAGGUUUCCGACACAUUCCUAGCCACUAUGGACCAGGGAAUGCAGCUUCUGUGUCAAUUCCAGAUGGAGGUGGAGAUUUCCAUCAAGGAUACUACACUCCUCUGCCUCAGUUCAUCCCACCAAAUUUUCUUCCAGGGAUUCACUACAUUCCACCUCCCCUUUCACUGAACAUGGUGGCUGAAACAACCAAGGAGGCACACGCUGCUGAAGCUGACAGUCAGGAUUCAGGGGUGGUUCAUGAGCCUGGCCAACCAUCUUCUCCAGAAGAAACCAACAGAGACCAAGCUGUAUACUCUAAACAGUAA